AUGGCGUACGCAUUCGACGGCUACUCGGAAGCCACCUCCCGUCGGAACCGACCACAACCUCCAAGAGGACGACGGCAGCGCCGGAGAGAGCAGGACGAGUCCGACAACGGGCCCGACGACGUGUACUUUGGGACCGGCCGCUUCUACGAGGAGAACCUCCGGAGCGAGCAGCAGCGGCAGCGGGAGCAGCGGGAGCAGUGGGAACAGCAGCAGCAACAGCAACAGCAGCAGAUCCCGCGGUACAUGCCGUUCGGCCCUUUUGGUGAUGCGAGCGGACUGGGAUCCAGGGUCGGAAGACUAAGGACCGAGGAGGAAUGGAGACGGCUGUUCGCGGAGGCCUUGAGGAGGUUACGGGAUAGGGCCGGCGGCGGGCUUGGGCGGCAGGAUGUUGCUGGGGCGGGCGAGGAGAUCGGCUUGGAGGACUUACUUGACGAUCUAUUCGGUGGUGGGGACGAAGAUGGAGGUGGGGUGGGGCUCGGUGGCGGCGACGCGAUCAGGUUCAACGACCUCUUCGGCUCGCCCAAUGAUCACCCCGGAGGCGCCAGCUUUGGCGGCCAGGGAGAUGCUCAGAGAGGAGGAGGGGUCGGCCUGGCCCUGGUUGAGUUCAUCGAGCUGCUCGCGCACCGGCUCGGGGGCGGCAGCCUGUAUGGGUAUGCCGGGGGUACCCCUCGGCCUGCUGAGAGGUUGUUUGACGAUUGGCGUAGAGGCUGGUGA